AUGAGUAGGUCGCAGGAUACCGUCAUCGAUGAUGACGAGGAGACUUGCCCUCUCUGCAUCGAAGAGUUUGACCUAUCCGACAAGAACUUCAGGCCGUGUCCAUGUGGCUACCAGAUUUGUCAGUUCUGCUUCAACAGUCUUAAGACAACUUACGAAAAGAGUACCUGUCCGAAUUGUCGAAGACCCUACGAUGAGAAGACCAUUCAGUACAAAAUCCCGACAGCUGAAGAAUUCAAACUCGAUCAGCUGAAUAAAAAUAAAAAGCAAGCCGCAGCCAAACGAAAGGAGACGGAGAAACGUGAGGUGGAGAAUUCCUCUCGUCGCAAUCUCGCUGGUGUGCGUGUCAAGCAACAGAAUCUUGUCUACGUUAUCGGCCUCAUUCCGCAGAUCAAAGAUGAACAAGCGCUGCUCCAGACUCUACGCGGUCCAGAAUAUUUCGGUCAGUACGGCGAAAUAGAGAAGAUCGUAGUCAGCAAAGCCAAACCAGGAGCUGCAAACCAGGGGAUUGGUGUCUACGUGACGUAUGCUCGCAAAGAGGACGCUGCUCUCUGCAUCAACACUGUUGAUGGUUCUCUCAACGGCGAUCGCGUUCUCAGAGCCCAAUUUGGCACCACCAAGUACUGCUCGGCCUAUUUGCGAGGGGAAACAUGCACCAACAAAAACUGCAGCUUCCUCCAUGAGACUGGUGAAGAUGGUCAGCAUAGCUCAUUGCAAAACGAACCCCAUGGGGCCAGACUACCUAUUCGACCUGCUGUGUCGGCCCAGAAUUCUUCAAUGAACCCUCCACCUCGACCUCUGUCAGCCGCCCAGAACGCAAGCACUCAACCAAUGGCAAGGCAAGGUAGCAAGGAAAAUGACAACAGCAGGAAGAACUCGCAGGAUGGUUCGGCUCUGCCCUCCACUGCCAGCUGGGCGACUGCAAAUGCUUCUAUCGCACGAACGAGGCGAGCGAGCCAAACCAAUAGCAGGGCUACUCCUAGUCCCCAGGCCAUUCAUGCUUCACUUGCUGCUCAGAAGCCGGAUGAGCCCAAAGCCAAGGAACCUCUUGUCGGUCAGCCAUCUACCUCGACCGCUCCGAGUCCUCCAAAGACGGCACCUAGACCAGACCAAACAGUCCCCAAACCAAAGCCCAAGCCACUGGACCCGAUACAGCAACAAUACGAGGAGGUUCUACGAUGUGUAUCUCGGAAUUACCGGUUUGUCUACGACGACUCGUGUCUCAGUCCAGAGGCUCGCGCCGCGGUGGAUGACAUGCCCUGUUUCAUCGACCCUUAUGGCGGUGCCAAACGCCGCGCCAUGCGUGAGAAAGAGGAAGCCGAGCGGGCAAAGUUAGAGGCCGAAGCAAAAGCCAAACUCGAGGCCCAAGCCACAUCUGCGGCGGAAGAAACACUGGACGAGGACAAUGUUGUUGCUGGUAGCCUCGCUUUAGGUGGGGAGCCAGAGGAUGAUCCGAGAGGUUCUUCAGCACGUGGAGCAAUCGGACGCCCGCACCAGUCUUUGACCCAGACUUUGACCGACCAAUUCUCCUCAAUGGUUAUGAAUAGUCGCAGCCUGACACCUCAACAGCGACAACAACUGGCCCUGCUCAACACCGGCAACUUACCACAAGCGCCAGGUCUCGGUCAACCGAGCUCUCAGAACAUCGCUUUCGAGAUGUCAGACUUUGACAGAAGAGGACCACAGUACAGCCAAGCCCAGUACGAACAGAUCAGCAGUCAUCAACGCCACGGUUCCAGAUACUUCAAUAAUGAUACCAAAACUACCACCAGCAAUCGCUUUCAAGGGCAACAGCAGAGCUUCUAUUCCAGCGGGGUUCAAGGACCACCUCCCGGCUUGCCAACAGCCGGGACGCCUCCGGUCAGCGGUGGCGGCAUGUUCGCUCAUGGCCAAAAUUUCACCAACCCUGGUUUUGGAACUUCCAAAGAUAUCAACGCUGAAGUCUAUUCGAGGAAUCGCAGUGGAACAAAUCAAGGUCAUGAUCUGUCUAAGCGUGAGUUGCUCCUUUCCUUACAAAAUAACCCCCUUCGGUCACCCCCAUUGUCAGCCCCUGCCCCUGGCGUCCUCAACCCGCUCUACGCUCAAUAUCAGACAUACCAAGAUCCCGGGCUUGUCAAGCAAAGGAAAAAGGGCAAGAAGCACAGACACGCUAACACUUCCUCUUCAGGAGGUGGUGUAGAGCAUCUUGCAGACCCGAGCAUCGCAUCAGCGAGAGUCCACCAGAGCAAUACGACAGGGCAGGGGCUGUUUGGGGGUAAUCAAGUGGAUGAGACGAACUUCCCGCCUUUGCCAACCCGGUCAGAUACACAGCCUCCACCCUUACAUUCUCGUGUCUCGUCCUUCCAGAGUCAUUAUAGCUCGGGUCUUCGGUCAUCAACGCCGAAAAUUCCGCCAGGUUUUGAGCUCAGUCAUGGACAUCCUCCUUCUAUCAGGUCGGUGUCUCCUACCCAGCCUGCUCAGGCAGUCGGACAACGAGGCACAUCUAUCAGUUCUGUACCUAUCGCUCCAGCUGUGCCAAUCAUGCCCAUAGCGCGUCAUACAUCAACUCCAAAGCCAAAAGGUUCCGAUCCAUCGAAAGAAGACAGCAAGAUCAUGCCGGUCGACGAUGCUCCUACCUCGAGCAAAAAGCCUAGCAUUGGAGCUAAUGAAAUCAGUCUCGGCUCACCCAAACCAAAGUCAAGCCGCCAGAAGUCUGGGACUGAGAAGAAAGCAGAUGUAGCGAAUAAGGUUGAAGAGAAAAUUGAGAAGAAAGAUGACUCUCAGACUCUUGCGAAGGCUGAAGACAUCAAGGGCAAAGGGAAAGCCCCUGCACUGAGACCUGGGAAGAUAGAAUUACCUCAAGGUACCGUUUCGGAUGCACCUACUGAGUCGCCGCUCCCAGUCGUCAACACUAGUGGUUUGGACAAAUCUGCUACACCAAUUUUGGAUUCUGCCGUCGUUGGCACACCGGCGACAAUGAGCCCGCGACCAAUCACUCCUGUUACUACAACUCCGCCGGAAACAUCCAAGACGUCCAUGGCGCGACCGAGAACUCUGCGCGUGACGACCGGAAUGCCCACCAAAACGGUAGAUCAGACUCCAGCUUCUGCUACGACCGAAAAAUCAAGCGCUGUGCCUCCGGUUUCGGCUAUGAAGAAAGGCUCGAGGCGGCUAUCUCUCUCUUCGGCCCAGCUUAGUAGGCCUUCAACUCCAGCGAUGUCUGAGCGCCCUUCUCAUGAUGCUUCCCGUGCAAGCUCUCCUCCACCGAGUAUUGUUGGUUCUGCUCCGGAGCGAAGCAAGAGCAAGGCCCAACUAAAGAAAGAACGGCGGGAGAAGGCUAAGAAGACAAAUGAAACCAAUGACGCGGUUCCAAGUGCUGCCUCUACUCCUGUGGUGGAAGAGGUUGCACCGGUCAUUGCUCGACAAAAGAAACAGAAGAAGCAACGGGUGGAGAAUAGCACCCCCGCUAGUGGUGACGAGAAGGCGAAGCCAGAGACGCAGGAGAUCGGCACGAAGUUACGGGAAGCGAUCGAGAAACAGAACAUGGAAACUACUGUGGAUGGGGCGGACCAAAAGAAGACAUUGGAGAAAGACAAGGCCGCUGUCCUCGCUUCGCAGCAGGCCGAAAAAUCUGCAAGUCAAACCCAGAAAUCAGGCACUCCUCGAACAGCAACACCGAAGCAAGAGUCUGCCGGUAAAGGUGGAGAAGCCAAGGCCACCUACACGAUGCGCGACUUGCACGAUGAAGCUGAGAAGAUGGUCGCAGCCACUGACGGCCUUUCGACCCACGCGGCUAUUCAAAAACUGCUCAACGAGCAUAUUUCCUCGAUGCCCAAGAUCUUCUCUUCGCUCAUUCAAAUGGGGGACCUUUCUAGAGAUCACCCGUGGCUCAAUCCGCCCUCUUUCAACUCGGCCACGUACAAAUUACCGCCGGACUCCCGACGUGGCCAAGAGUACUUGGAUGGCAACGGCUACAGUGCCAAUGAUGCAUUUGGCUAUAUAUACCUGCCACUCAAGGAGAAGCAAGCAUUGAAGGAUGGCAAUGCCGUCAGUGUUGCAGAUGCGGGAGAGCGAAGAGAUGAUCUGCUAAAGAGAUGUCUGGUGACACCUAAUGGAUGGGUCCUGAGGCAUCUCAGCGCUGAGGAGGGUGAAAAGCUCCUCGAGCUCGAGGAAAAACGACAAAUAUAUCUGGAGGAGUUUGGAGACCUGGGCAUCAUGGCCGGUUUGGGCGUGCUUGAAGCCGACGAUUACACCAAUCUUGGCGGUGGGAUGGAGAGGCUUGCCAGACAGGGUGAGCGACACGGCGUAGUUUGGAUCAUGGGUGAAGAUGGCGACAUCGUUGACGACGACGAAUUUGAGCCAUUCGACGACGAAGACGGUGAAAUUGAUGGCGAGAUCGGGGACAGCGACGAAGAGGGCGAAGAGGAGGAAUAUGGCGAGGAAGAAGGCCUGGAUGAUGAGGGCGAGGCAGGGUUUGCAGCCGACGACUCGGUCAACAUGCCAGGCGGCUGGGAUCUCCCACCUCGGAAUCCUCAUCAUGCUACCAGACUUGGUUCUGGUGGGCGAAUUAACUCUCUUCCUGGCUUGGGUCCACAUUCUAGGACGAACGCUCUGCGCUUGCCUUCAAGAGGUCCACCGAUUGGCGUGGAAGAUCCUACGCCACAGGACAAUCGUGUCACCGCUGGUCCAAGCACGGCUCCCCAAAACGCAAGCAAACACCCUCUACCUGCUUCAGCGGCUGCAAAUGCAGCAAACGCAACAACGACCGAAAACGUCAACGUGCGUCUUCUUGACGCCGAUGCUCUGCAGAAACGUGUCCAAGAAACUCAGAAAGCACUCGACACGGCACGCAAGGAGAUGGAGAAGGCUGAGAAGCUUUGGAACAAGAAGGCAAAGGACAUUGGCCGGUGGAGAGAUGGGCUCAUCGGGUCGCUGGGCAGUUCGUCAAGAAGAGCCAAAGGAAAGGCCAAAGCAAAAGAGAAAGGGAAAGGGAAAGCAAAAGCCAUGAUCGACAAGCAGCAGUCGACCCAGGGAAUUGAGAUCGAAUUACCCCAGGCCGAGCCAUUGCCACCGCGCUUUCUUGAUGUUUUCGAGACCGAUUCAGAUGCACCAGCUACGCAACUCUGGAUCGAAGGUCUACUUGUGGACGACGACUUUCAGAUGAAGAGAGACAUCUGCACUACGGUUUCUGAAACGAUUAGGCCAAGCUUGAACGAUCGAGAGAAGCAUAUGGUCCAGAUCCUGAGGGCCUCUGAUACCUUCGACAGACAGGUGAUUCGCAGAAAAAUCUUCACAGUAGAGGAAUGGGAUUGGCGCUAUCGUGACGAUCAAGUUGACGGCAACGGCGCAGGGCCCCGACUGCGUGGACCUGAUCGCCUGGUUCCACACGUUGCUGCAGCGGCCGCGGCCCUGGACGGCAUCGAUCUUGAAGAGAUCAGAAGCGAUAUUGAGCCCAGGAGGAGAAUGCGCGAGUGGCUCCUGCUGACCAGGAGAAUCCGCGAGCCAUGGGAAAACAGGACCAGCCUCCUUGCCUCGCCCGUCCCCACCAGUGUCAAGGUUUGCCUUCCGCCUCCCGAACUCUGGCAUCUCUUUGGAGGAUCUUUGGUGAAUUUUGAGCGCCGGGCCCGGGUGAGGAAGGUGAAUCCCAAGGAAUGGAAGACCCUGUUGUUUCUGAUUGAGCUCAUCCGUCACCGUUGGGAGUUGCAGAACAAGGGCCUCUUGUCCCCCGAAGACUUUCAGACCCCGCAACGGAGGGACGACCUUUGGGAGUGGGCGUUGCAUUGUUACGACGGGUUGUUGAGGAUUUGGCAGUUUCAGAAUGGGAAAAGCCCUACGGGGUAUCUGAAGAAAAGGUCGCGUUGA